AUGGCAUACUCAUCCUCCAACAGCGACAGUAAUGACACAGAAGACUGCAGGUCCAAAUCCAAUCUGAGCCUCUCGGUAGGCUAUUUUCCCUGUGAGGACAACUUCUUCUAUGAGGACACAACUCCUUAUGAAGACAUGCCCUUUGAGAGUCCUUCAAUUCAUUUCCUCCCUCCUAUCCAAGGGAUGUGGAGGACUGAAAGUACAUUGAGACCCAUGGGGAGAAGAGACCAAAUUCAGGAGGACACAGAGCAAUUUUGCAAACUACGCAUCACCCUGGCCUGGGAUGUUGAUGUGGGCUCUAACAAUUCUGACUUGACAACUAACUGGGAUCUAAAUAGACACAACCAGUGGGUGGACAAGUAUCUAGAAAAGAGGACAGAACUGACUCUCAGCAAACUAGACGGUCUUGUGCACAAGCUUGAGAACUUCCUAGAAAAUCAGAAAAAUGACGGAGACAGUAACUCUAUUUUCCAUGACUCUAUUCCGGAGGAAGAUUUCCAGCUAUCCCGCAGCUCUCCUCCAGAUAUGGCUCAGAUAAACCAGACAACUGGUAGCCAAAGGACAAGCACUACAGAAAACUCCUCAAUCUCACCAGGUCAGCCAGAGGAGGACAAUGCUUCCAACAUACAAACCCUAUCCUGUCUAAAUUUUGGGUGGGUCUUCCGCUGGAUGAGGCAGCAAGUGUUCUCCUCACUACUGGGGAGAGAGUACCCCGAGAAGGCCAACAAGAGCCCCCACCGGGUGGAAUCAAAGAACAGGCUUUCUCACAGAAGCAAAAGAAUCCAACCUCAAGAAUCCCUUGAAUUAGGACACACUAUGUCACCAGAUUUUUAA